AUGAGGAUGGUGUCAGCUGUCGUUCUGGGUGUUGUCUGCGGGGUCACAGGGGUCAUUGUCGCCACCGUCAUCGUGGUUAUUUGUCGUCUGUACAAACGAAAAUAUCGUCACCGAGCAUGUGUUCCACCGUGUGGCUAUGACGCAGUUGGCGAUUAUAAACCUCCAUCGCUGAUGUCAAUAUCGUCAGGAUCCCAGGACGUACAGCUGACAAAGGAACACCGCACAAUCCAGCCUAGGUCAACGUCCAUCACCUCUCGGACAAGUAUCUCCACCAUGUCUCGUGGUAGCAUAAGAAGCGACACUCUUACGGAGGAAACAAGCAGUAUUAGCGCACGAAGUGACACGAGUGUUGACAGUUGCAUAUUUGACCCCUCGUUUGGUGCGAUCCGUCCUGACCUGUACCCGCGCAAAGAUGCUGUCCUCCAGCAGUCAUCGGUGGACCAGAACCUCGGAAGGCUUCAUAUACGUCUCAAGUACGACUUCCGAACAUCUGAUGUUAUCAUUCACCUGAUUGAAGCCCAAGAUUUAAUAUCGAGCGAAAAGGACUCUGAUGGAGGGAGCUUCGGAGACCCCUAUGUUCGGUUAGCUAUUCUGCCGGAAGUGGACGAGCGGAUCCGCCAGUCAUCUGUUAAACGGAAAACGUGCAAUCCAUUCUAUAACGAAUAUUUCAAGUUCCCACUGACAAUAGAUGAUGUGCGGGACAAGACUUUAGUGUUUCACAUAUACGACUAUGAUAAGUUUUCACGACACAAGAUCAUUGGUGAAGUACAAGUGGAUCUCCGUAAAGUGGACGUGACCAACAGCGUGGAGAUGUGGUGUGAUAUCAUAAAACACCACAAGUGUACUGGUGGAGAUUAUGGAGAGGUGCUUUUGUCCCUCAGUUACCUUCCUACAGCAGAGAGACUCACUGUUGUCGUCAUGAAAGCCAAAGAUCUUCGCAUGACCGGUGUUACAGGUUCCUCCGACACCUACAUCCGUGUGAGUCUGACUGUUGAAGGCAAGAAGGUGAAGAGGAAGAAGACCACGGUUAAACGUAACACUACAUGCCCGGUAUGGAACGAAGCUCUUGCUUUCAAUGUUCCCGCCGAAUUACUGCCUAAAGUGAGUCUGGAGGUGGCUGUUAUGGAUCAUCAUGACCUCAUAGGCCACGGCGACAUUGUAGGCAGGUGUAUUAUCGGACCAGAAAAAGAAGAUCAAGAGGGAAAGCACUGGAACGACAUGAUGCAAAAUCAUCGAAAGUCAAUGGCAAUGUGGCACCAUCUGCAUAAAAGAUGA